ACUUCCUGUUAUCGCCGACGUUUUACGACAGUCUUCUCGACCUGGGACCAGCUCGGAAUCUGGCAGGGGUGCAUUUCUCGGCAUUACACCUGUUCCGGGCGUCUUCGAAUUUGAUCAUCAAAGGCGACAGACUCUUCUACACCGGCCCAAUUAAACAGUACAUGCGGCUAGUUGUCCUGUCCGAGGAAGACAACCUGAUGGUUUUGGAGAUAAGACUUACAGAACCAUAUUUAGGUUUAGACUUAAGAUAAUUUACUGGCCUUGUUCCAGGCAUGUUAUUUGGUUACAGUUUCCAAAAGGAGCCUCGUUCUCAGGCUUCAAGUUUGUAUAGAGCCUCGUUCACAGGCUUCAAGUUCAUCAAAGAGCCUAGUUCUCAGGCUGCACACCUGAUAAUUUAAUUGCACGUUAUGUAAUUUUGUGUUCUCUUUGGAAUCCCAGACACAUUGCAAGCUUCAUUGACCCAGGAUCCUGGACUGAAAAAACAGGAAGAGACCUUGAGUUUUUUCCUCAACAGUCCAGUGGGGAUUCUUGUGGUGUCUACAUGCUGAUGUAUGCUCUCAGCAUCUGCACAUCAUGUCCCUUAACAUUCACAGAGGAGGAGGUGCCAUUGAUUCGCCAGUGGUGGUGCAUUAACCUCAUGGAAAGAUUUUGCCUAGAAGGGCAUGGACAGAGGUUUGCAUACUGGACCGAAGAAGCAUCCCAACUCCUUCAGGGGAUCGUUGAGCCUGUGUUUAGGGUGUCGAAAUUCACCACCACCAAACUGUCACCCAGCAGAAGAGUUGUGGAUGACAAGGACAUUGAUAAGGUGCAGCAGCCAACCAUUGUCCGAGACCUAAAUACAGCGUGGUACUGGGUACAGAAUCACAGACACUUAUUCCGUGGGGAGGUGACAGAGCCUGCCUUUUUGCAGAUGAACAGGGGUGAUCAACAAAAUGCCAUCAAGAACCUCUUGGGGGGUCAAUUCUCUGAGGCGAAGGAUGCCUUUUUGUUUAUAUUUCAUUACCAAGAAGACAUGGAAACAUUUUUGUCGUACUGUGUUGAUGACCAAGGCCUAAAGGUCAAUGCUAUGUUCUACAAAGAGAAAUGUAGUGUGUGUGCGCGUGUGUGAGUGAGUGAGUGUGCGUGAGAGAGAGAGAGAGAGAGAGAGUGUGCGUGUGCGUGCGCGUGUGCGUGUGUGUGUGUGCGAGAGUGUGCGUGAGUGAGUGAGUGAGCGAGCGAGCGUGUGUGAGG